AUGGCCCCAUCGUCACAUCACUCCGCAUCAUCGUCGUCAGCCUCGUCCUCUUCCGCGACCAUGACCGAACGCGACCCCGAGAGCCAGCAGCCCAAGGGCAACCACAAGGUGAACUAUGUCCGCGGCCUCAUCGACCAGGCCGGCGUCACGGACGCGGUCCUCAACCACCACUACGCAGGCGAGGGCACGACCGAGUCGCCCUACCUCGUCGAGUUCCUGCCCAACGACCCCUACAACCCCAUGGGCUUCAAGCGCUCGCGCAAGUGGUUGAUCACCAUUGUCCAGGCCUUUGCGACGCUCUCCGUCUCCUUUGCCAGUUCCGCCUUCUCGGGCGGCAUCGCCACCGUCCUCUACGACUUUCGCGUCUCGCAGGAGGUCGCCAUCCUGGGCGUCUCCAUGUUCGUCCUCGGCUUCGCCAUUGGGCCCCUCUUCUGGGCGCCCCUCUCCGAGAUGUUCGGCCGCCAGAAGCUCUUCUUCAUCACCUACAUGGCCAUGACGGCCUUUGAGGCCGGUGCCGCCGGCGCGCCCAACAUCGAGACGCUCAUCAUCCUCCGCUUCUUCGCCGGUGCCUUUGGCUCGUCACCCCUGACCAACGCCGGCGGCGUCAUCGCCGACAUGUUCGUCGCCAACGAGCGCGGUAUCGCGACCAGCAUCUUCGCCAUGGCGCCGUUCCUGGGCCCCGCGCUCGGCCCCAUUGCCGGCGGCUUCCUCGGCCAGGCACACGGAUGGCGCUGGGUGCAGGGCAUGAUCACCAUCUUCAACGGUAUUUUGUGGAUCGUGAGCACCGUCACCUACCCGGAGACCUACACGCCCGUCCUGCUGCAGCAGCGCGCCAAGGCGCUGUCCAAGAAGACGGGCAAGGUCUACAUCUCCAAGCUCAACGUCGGCCAGCCCAAGCUGGGCGUCGCCGCCCGCCUCAAGGGCGCACUCCUCCGCCCCUGGAUCCUGCUCUUCGUCGAGCCCAUUGUCCUCAUCACCUCCAUCUACAUGGCCAUCAUCUACGGCACCCUGUACCUGUGCUUCGCCGCCUUCCCCAUCGUCUACCAGCAGGGUCGAGGCUGGAGCCCUGGCAUCGGCGGCCUGGCCUUCAUCGGCCUGGCCGUUGGCAUGACCAUUGCCGUCGUCGGUACCAUUUUUGAUAAUAAGCGCUAUGCCCGCACCGCGGCCAAGCACAACGGCGCGGCACCCCCCGAGGCCCGUCUGCCGCCCGGCCUGGUGGGCUCUAUCCUCAUCCCCGCGGGCAUGUUCUGGUUCGCCUGGACCAACGGUCCCGACAUCCACUGGUCCGUCUCCAUCAUCGGAUCUGGCGUCUUCGGCGCCGGCAUCGUGCUCAUCUUCCUCUCGCUGAUGACCUACCUCAUCGACUCCUACGUCAUCUUCGCUGCCUCAGUGCUGGCCGCCAACUCGGUGCUCCGCUCCCUCUUUGGCGCCGCCUUCCCCCUGUUCACCUCGUACAUGUACGAGGAUCUCGGCAUCCACUGGGCCUCGUCGAUCCCGGCCUUCCUCGCCGUCGCCUGCGUGCCGUUCCCCUUCCUGUUCUACUACUACGGCCACCGCAUCCGCGCCAACGGCAAGUACGCCUCCGAGGCGGCGGCCGUGCUGCAGCGCUUGCGCACCAAGACCGAGGACACCAGCGACACGGGCGCCCACAGCUCUCCAGGCGACUCGACGUCAUUCUACUCUGUGCCCGAAGGCAACUCGACGACCGCGAGCAGCCCCCUCAACAGCGACCCCAGCCCCUACCGCGAGGCGCGACAGUUUGGGUACACCCUGAAGCAGGCCAUCAAGAUAUCGCUGGAGGAGAAAACAUACCUGUCCGGCCUCAACCUCUGCCGCAGUGCGCUCGCUGCUGGCGCCUCGAAACGAAAGAGCCACGCAAAGCCAAGACCCGUCCCCAUCCCGCCGCCCAGGCAUCUGGCCCUCAUCGCGACCCUAGCCGUGCACCCCGAGCAGACCACGCGCGUCGAGAAGGGCAGCCAGACGGCCAUCUCGUCGCAUGCCCUCGACUACCUCCGCAGCCUCCUCCACAUUGUCGGCCCGCUCCAUGCCGACUUUCGAGCCGCGUUUCAGUUCCUCCACCUCGGCAGGCCCGGGCGCCGAUCAGGCUACAACAGCCACGGCAACAAUAGUGACUUGUCCGACUAUGAAGCUGAAUCCGACGCCGCCGACCGACUGAGGGGCAAGCUCGCCAACGAGAGCUCGCUCUGGCACCGGGGCCGGGACUUUUGGUCCGUCCUGGGAUGGGCGCUCAACUGCAGCGCCCUGUAUCCGCAGCGCUGGCGGUACUGGAAGCCCUGGCUGGAGUUCAUGGUCGACGUGCUCGAGGCGGACUGGCGAGAGCGGGAGCGGCAGGACCUCGACGCGUACGAGGCUGAUGGCAGUGUCGGCGAGGUGCCCCUGACGCUACGACACGACUCCAUGAUCGCCAUGUACAUGGACGAGCCGCAGAGCGGGCGGCGCGGGUCGCCCAAGCUCUUUGUCAAGGCGCUCCUGGCGGAUGGCAGCGACCUGGCGUCCGCCGCGUUCCCCGAGGUGUUUGAGAAGGAGCCGCGGGGACGCAAGAAGGAGUCGAGAAAACGCAAGAGGGAGAGCAUCAAUAUUGAGAGUGGCAACUUUGGUGACUAUCUGGACGACGACGCCAUCUCCUCGGGGGGCUCCGAACCACCGACGCCACAGAAGACGCGGUCGUCGGGACGGGCGCCGUCGCGGGAGACCACCUUUGGGGAGCAGCACGCCGGGUUCGUCGAGUCCAUCGACAUCCGGCUGCGCCUGUUCAAGCUGCUCUCCCUAGCGCUCUGGCAGUUUCACAAGUUGGAUGAGAUGGACGAUCUCUACAUUAAGUUUGCGGCCGGGCUUCGAGUGCUUUCGCUGCCAGCCUUUGCGCUCGUUGUGACGCAGCGGCACAACGCACUCAUCCCCGAGACGCACCCCACCGUCCUCAAGGGGCUGUUCCACCACUUGUUGUCGCGAUACAAACAGCCGGGCUUGGUGGAUCCGGAGGGCGAGCAGGCAGCGGCUCUGUCAAGCAUCAUGCUCGCGAGGUGCUACGCCCUGCACGCAGCCAACAGCACGUCUGCCGAGGAUAAUGCGAAGCUAUCCAUUGCGAUCGAGAGCGCGCUGCAGCUGAUCUGGAUGAGCAACAAGGUCGGCAACGACAAGGAAAUGAGAGAAGUGGUGGGGGCUGUCGAGACUGGGAUCGCGGCACGCGAGAACAAGGUCAAGGUGAAGAGGAAAAGCGGCAAGAAUACGGCGGGCUCGGCAGAAGUGAUGGCUCACGAGAUGCUGAGUAACUCUUCAGAGCGGCUGCGGAUCUUGUUGGACGUGAUACAAGCUACGCAUGGGGCGGCGGCGUGA